UUCUGCGAAUCUGUGCUCGUUACUGCUUUUUUCGCCUCAAGUUCAGUCACAUGCGGGUCCAAAAAUGGUGUUUAAAUAAACAAUUGGCGACUGGACCUCCUCUGCCUACUUGACUCCUUCGAAUCUUAAGACAGUUGCGGCUGCGCAGCUCGCUCUUUGGCCUACGCGCUGACAUUCGAACGGCAGAUCCCAAAAUAGCAUAUGAACACUUUCAUCUGCAUAAUCUGAGAUAUGUGUCUUGUGUGUUGAGUGUAAUCUCGUAUUUUGGAUUAUUUCCGUAAAAAAGGUGGAGUCCAGUAUGCCCAAGGUUGAACGAAAGGAGUAUCAAGAGACAAAAAUUUUAAAGACAGUGUCUCCAGUUCGAAGUCAGUCUAGUCAAAACUUAUCACAGUUUGAUAGCAAUUUAGAUUAUUUACUUGAUGAUCUACAGAAUUCAGUAUCGAGGCCUGGUAGUUCCUUAGCUGUAAAUAACGAGUAUGAUAAUUACAGGACAAAUGGAUUCAAUUCACAUAAGACAAACUCAUUGAACAGAGUUUUGAGGGUGAAUGCAGCGAAUCCAGUCACUGAAUACAGUAGCGAUGACGCUUACAGUUAUAAGAGUCCAGAUGGAUCGAAAAGGAUCGAAGGGUAUAAAAAAGAAUCAUACUCUUACAGAACUACUGGAGGUGGCAAUGAUGUCAGACCAGAGAAAGUACGAGUUCAGAAUAGUAUAAACCAAUUAGAUUCUCUUCUAGAUGACUUGAAGGAAGCAAAGAAGACUCCUUUGAUGGAGAGAGAUAUCUAUGGAAAUUACGUUGAUACCCCAACUCUAGGUGAACGCAAUGAAAAAUAUAGUACUUCUACAGUCAAAAGAGAACUGCACUAUGGCGAUACUCCUCAAACUCAACGGAGCAGUACAUUGAAUAGGCGAAUUGAGAAGGAGCAAAUGGUUUCGAGGGACAACGAAUAUAGAACAAACGAAGGUUAUUAUAAUCACACAACCUCGAGCUCACCUCCAUCAAGAUCGUCCACACUGUCUCGUCAGAUGAAAGUCAAGAACGUUCAUACUUCUCCUGUCGAAGUGGUCCAAACGACGUGUCCAGAAAUAAAUCCGGAAAUUCUGGAACAUCUGGACCCCGCCCUACGUCCUCCAGAAAACACCAAAGUUACCACCACUAUCAAAACAUACACGUACGAAAUUCCCGGAACUUUGGACUACAGAAACACCUCAGAUGUAUCGAUGGAUUCGAAAAAGUACGUCUAUUCGCCGAACGAUUCUCAAUCGACCCCUAGCAAGAGUUUCGUUUAUGAGAAACUGGAAAAUAUCGAGAAUAAGCGAACUGUUGUGCAACCUGAGAUAAAUUACGAAACUAGGGUGUUGAAAGAGUCCACUGUAGAUAAUUACAAGCCUUAUAAGAAGCCUAACCCACCAGGAUAUGAUGGGAAUGUUACGGAGACUAUCACCACGAGAAAUUAUCAACCGGGAUACCCAAGAUCUAACAACGAAUACGUCUACAAUGAAACUGUAACAACGAAAAACAUAGACAAUGGUUAUCCCAUAGCUCCACCGCAAAAGAAGACCUACAUUGUAGAAGAGACCAUCGACGAAAGGAACUAUAUCGACAACUAUCCAGUGAGAGAUCCACCACCACAAAAAACAUAUGUUCUUGAGAAAACUGUCAACGAAAGGAACUAUGUAAAUGAUUAUCCAGUGAGAGAUCCGCCUAGAAAAGAGACAUAUGUCUACAAGGAGACACACAACACUUUCAAUAAGGAGUAUCCGAAUCAACCAAGGGAACCAAGGGAUUAUAUAGACAGAGACACCACAAGAGUUUCAGUAAGAGAAACAAACGUAAACAGAAUCAACGAACCCCCAUACAGAAACGAUUACCAACCUCCUCAACAACCGAUAAAUAUCAAAUACAAAUAUACCACCACAAGUUCUACUACGAAUAACUACAAGACAGGGUACCCUCCAAACGAAGAAGGAGAACUGCUUCUACCUCGACCCUUCCCAACUGAGGAACGUGUGGAUGGACCGCCAAAGAAGCUGGAUGAAUUGAUGAACACAAUAGGAAGAGAACCUCCAACCAGUCCACUGAAUUCAGGAUAUCAGCAGCAUGAAUUGGAAUUAAUCAACGAAAGAAAAGCGAAAGCUCUGAAACAGCAAGCUACCGAAGUUGAAGAUUUGCAGAAGGCUGAACCGUUGGUAAAAUCCAAGAAUGUAAAUGGACCUCCUGUCUAUUAUCCACCAGGACACGAGAUGUUUGCUAAGAAAGAAGAAGGUGCAGCUGCUUGGAGAGCACAGGGAGCUUAUGCUAGAGAGUCGGGAAAAUAUGAGUACGAAGCUGAAAGCAAAAGUAAAUCAAAAAGUUCUUCUGGAGCUGCCAUUGUUCCAGUUUGUCUUCCGUUAUGUUGUGGUCUUCCAUGUACAAUAAUAUAAUCAUCAUACAAAUGCUGAUGAAUUAAAUAACACAUGUUGAUUUUCAUGAAUAUGAUGAAAACAAUAAUUUUUCUUUCCAUCAAUGAAAUACGUUACUACUUUCAGAAAUUAACACACUAGGUAUAUAUUCAGCUUGUCCUUGUAUAAUAAAAUAAUUAACAACUGAACUAAUCAAUACAAAAAUAUAUAUUUUAUGUUUUAAAUUAUAGAAUUAUUUGAUGUUU